GCUGCCUCUGCCUGCCUUGCCCUGGCCCUAUCCUCCGGGGAGCAGCCCAGCCCCAUGGAAGGUCCGGGACUCUCCAGCGCCGAGCAGCGCCUGGUCCGAGAGAGCUGGCAGCAGGUCAGCGCCAGGCCCCUGGAGCACGGCACCGUCCUCUUCGCCAGGCUUUUUGAUCUGGAUCCUGAUCUUUUGCCCCUUUUCCAGUACAACUGCAAGAAGUUCUCUACUCCCGAAGAAUGUCUUUCAUCACCUGAAUUUUUGGAGCACAUAAGAAAGGUAAUGUCAGUAAUAGAUGCAGCUGUAAGCCAUUUGGAAAAUUUGCACUCACUGGCGGAAUACCUUGCCAACCUGGGUAAAAAACACCAGGCAGUUGGUGUGAAGCUGGAGUCUUUUUCGACUGUGGGGGAGUCCUUGCUAUACAUGCUGGAAAAAUGCCAUGGCCCAGCUUUCAACAUGAAUGUACGUGAGGCCUGGACCAAGCUGUACAGUACUGUGGUGAAAUCCAUGAGCUGUGGCUGGGACAUUCCUGGAAAGGUGGAAUAAAGCAGUGGCUCAGAUGCUUGAGGGCUCUGGCUAUCAUGAUCAAGAACAGCUUGGAAGAGAGAGCACACUUACCUCUCCAUCUUUGUGUACUUCAGAGUAAUCACUUUCUUUCUCUCAACAGCUUAUAUCUCUCUUGUUUUCUUUUGCAUUCCACAUGCCUCUUAUGAAAAACAUGAUAAUGUUUCCAAACCUCUUUGUAGCAGCAGUUCUUCAUAUUAGUUUGCAGGGAGGCGGAGAAAGCCAGCUUGGAUUUACAGCUAGAGGAGAAGCAGAGAAUGAUGCAGUUUCCCCUCCGAAAAGGCUUUUUACAGACCUUUAUUCUCCAUCUCUUUACAAAGAAUAGUUAGAAGGAUCUCCUAGGACAGAAAGGUUAUUGCAUCAGCCAUUCCAUUAAGGGAGAGAACCUGAAGUUGUGAAGUGAACCAAUGGAGUGUGCAUUUCCUUGGAAUUAUCCAAGCAAUAUAGCUUUCUUUCUUUCUUUCUUUCUUUCUUU